ACAUGGUUGAAAAAAUCAACCCAUCAAGUCCAGAAAGUUACAAAAAGUUCAAGACUCUCAUACAAAGUUGCAAAACAUAUAAUCCAGUGAAAGACAUACACACGUGGAAAGACGCAGUGAAUAAGGAAAUGAAGGAUUUAGGAGAUAUCGCCCUUGAGGACGCAGGGUAUUUUCAGAACUUUACGCGCCUGUUCUUGGGUCUUUUACAGCACGAC